AUGGAAACUGUUUGCCUUGAGAUUGGCAUCAGUUGGCAGCAUGUGGCUGAAACCUCCCAGCCUCAUCGAUAUCAAAUAAUUUGCGAUAAAAAAUGGUUACAGACACUGGAGAAAAAGAGAAAAAUCGAUGCAUUCCCGGUACAUCCAACCCUGGAUAGAAGAGCACAUCCCGAUGGUGAUUUGGAACAUCCAUGGUGUAGGGUAUUGGUCCAGUUGUAUAAAAAACAACCCUAUAGUAAGGUGUUCCCCCUGAAAUGUCCCCUGGAGGAUAGUCGAGUGGGUGAUGAUUUUGGCCAAAAGUCCCCGCUGAGUUAUUCCAUGGCCGUGUACGAGGUAAUGUGUGAGAAUUUUCGUAAUCUUUGGUCAGAUUUCUAUAAGAAAUGUCCAGGGGCCCAUGUCAAGGGUGAGAAGGAUGGGAAAGCAAAAUCCACAUCAGCAUCAUCGAUAAAUUUAUUACCCUAUGAUGCGGUAUUAAAGGAGGUGAUUUAUCGGGUCUACAAAUGUCCCAUUAUCCAUUGUGGUUUGGAUCGUUUGCGUGAGGAUUCCGGGGAUGUUAAAUCGGAGGAGUUGGCUUUGGAGUGUCAUGCAAAUGUUAUGCCUGCUUUGAUUUGCAUUGAGACUAGUCAAUAUCUGGCUGUGUUGUUUUAUCCGCCUGGACUGUCGACCACUUUAUAUGAUUGUAUCACCUUUAGUCCGGCGAUUCUCCACAAAAAUUAUAAUAAACCUUUGUUCAUUGUCUACCAGCUGCUGCAGCUGUUUCGAAGUCUCCACCAACAAGGCUUGGUGGUGGGGGAAUUGUCACUGCAGGACAUUUUGCUGAACGAGAAUCUGUGGGCCUUGGUAAUACCACCCGUUGAUGCCAAUAUAACUGCCUACUUUUUGGAAGAGGUUAUGACCCAUUCACCAAGUGAAGCAACGGGAUUACAGGAAUUGGAUUUACCCAUUGAUGGUGUCUCUGGUGGGGGCGGUGUGGAUACCAUGGAUGUUUCCAAUUUGAAAUUGGAUUUGAAGUUCUCCUAUGAUUUGAAACAGUUCACGUUAAGGGAUUACUGUGACAUGUGGUGUAAUGGCCAGAUAAGCAAUUUUGAUUAUCUCACAAUUUUAAAUACCGCCUCCGGACGUUCGCAAAAUAAUCCCUCCUAUCAUCACAUAAUGCCCUGGGUAACAAAUUUCGAAUCCCGCAAUGGUCUGCAAUGGCGUGAUUUAACCAAAAGUAAAUAUCGUUUGAAUAAGGGUGACAUCCACUUGGAUUUAAUGUUUCAACAUGCCACCCAGCAAGCUCAUCGCGAUCUCGAGGCAAAUUGUUCAACCUCACCACAACAGGUGGCCCAUCAUGUAUCGGAUUUCCUGUCGGAAAUAACAUAUUUUGUUUAUAUGGCAAGGCGGACCCCGCAACACAUUUUAAGGGAACAUGUAAGGCCCAUAUGGGUACCGGCUGAAUAUCCCGCCUCUAUACAAAGGUUACAAGAAUGGACGCCAGAUGAAUGUAUACCCGAAUUCUACACCGAUCCAAUGAUUUUCAAGUCGAUACAUGAAGAUUUACCGGAUUUGGAAAUACCUUCCUGGGCAUCAUGUCCUGAGGAUUUUGUGGCCAAACAUCGAGAGGCCUUGGAAAGUCAAUAUGUUAGCGAGCGACUCCACCAUUGGAUUGAUUUAAAUUUUGGCUACAAACUCUCAGGGAAGGCGGCAAUAAAAUCGAAAAAUGUUUGCCUACCCAUGGUGGAUCAACAUAAAACCCUAUGUAAACGGGGUAUUGUUCAGCUCUUUACACAUCCUCAUCCGGCGAAGCGAACAAUAUCACCAUGGUUUGUCAAGCAGGCGCCUAGGAUACAAAAUUUGUUGGCGGGACAGCCAAAGGUGUCGGGGAAACAUAAAUCCAGCAGAAAGCUUAACAAAAGUCUAGACAAUCUGAGUAAAUCCACAGAGUCGUUGGAUGGGCAGGGUGACAAUACGAGCCACAAUCCCAAAGUGUCGCCUCGAUUGACCCUGAAAUUGCCUGAGGAUAACAUUUCCACCUCCUCCAUCUCAAGUUCCAGUAAUUUUUAUAAGACCACAAAUUUCAUAGAACUUCCAAAGGACUACAAUCCCAUUUUGCUGCUACAAUCCCUUGAGUCUUCCCAGCAGUUUGUAAGCAAAACUUUCCCCCUACAAAAGCCCACAGAAAAUGCCCCGGAAAAAAUGCUAACCAGCGAUUUGUUGUUCGAAGACUACACGGAGAAUCACAGCUUCACAAAUCAUCUCUUCAAUGAUGGUGACUCUCCGCUGGACAACAACCCCUCCAUCUCGAAAGGGAAAAGUAAAAAUUUCCUAGCCUCCAGUAAACAGCCGAACAAGACCAUGCCUCUACAUGUCCAUCAUAUGAAAAAAAUCAAGGACCUUCAGAUCUUGGGAUGUUUAAUUGUAGAGCUAUUUGCCAUGCCCCGCAUUAGGCCCUUGAUAGGCCACAAUCUCCAACCGAAGUUUGAAACCCGCCUGAAGGCUUGUCUAACCAUUAUGAAACUGCAUAAGCAGGACAUUCCGAAAUGCCUACGUUACAUUACCAAAAUCCUUUUGAAUCUAAGCUGUCAAGAUGUGGUCACCGAAAAGGGUAUGCCUUUACCCUCGGCGGGUCAGCUACUCGAACCAAUUUAUCACAAUUUACUAAUACCCUUUCCCACCAAUUUUUAUGCCUCCUAUGCUCUCAUAAGAUCUCUAUACUCUUUCGAUUUUGCUUUUAUACUUCUGGAGUUACAUACCCACUUCCAAUGCAAUGGCCAUGAAUGUUCACGCUAUACCGAAAUCGAUCGCCUUAGGGUGCAAUUUGAACGUAAAAUUGGCAAAUGUAAGGUUAUGGCGUGCUGUGCCCACAUUCGUCGUCUCCUGGAACCGGUGGGUUUUGAACAAUUUCCACCCAUAGAUAUUCUACUACCUCACAUGAUAAAUCUGCUAACGGAUGAGCAUACUUCAAUCUUGACGGCCUGGAAUCUAUUCGAUAGCGUUGCCCAGGCCCUGGGUAUACAAAAUACCCAAAAAUAUCUCCUGCAACCGAUCAUGAAACUUUAUGAUGUAGAAAGUUUUGAACGUGGUAUGAUAUCGGUUAGGAAUCGUUCGAUUACCGAUUCCCUAUCGAACUCUUCGAGUCAUUUAAGGUUCUCUACAAGUAGUUCGUUUAAGUCAAGGAAAUCUGUAAAGCUCUAUCAUCAGAUAUUUUUACUGCGUCUGAUUGUUCGCUUUGGCUUGAAAUGUUUUUUGCAAAAUUUCAUUGCCCCCCUGAUAGAGGCUGUGGGGGGUUACAAGGAACCCGAAGAUGGUAAUGGUCUGCAUUAUCACAGUUCAGCGGCAGGGGCUAGGCGUAGCAGUCGUAAUUUAAGUUUGGUCAAUAAUCCCACAGUGUUGGUCAAUGAGGAUGAUAUGACCUUGAUGUCUCCACAAAAACCAGGGGAGGAUUUGGAGGAUAACACUCUAUCCCAGGAUGUGGAAGGUUCCAAUAUCAAACCCGAAAUCGAGGACGUCUUCAGUUUUGAUGAUGAUGCCAAUUCGGAUCACAUUUCCACCUCUGACCACAUAUCCAAUAAAUCUCUGGACUCCUUUGAUAUGAGUCAAAGACCCACCACGGCUGAGGAAGCCAAAGAGCUAGAGGGCGAUGAGCGGCAAUUGGAAACCACUCCCGAAAAAUUGGCCAUAUCCGAAAUUAUCUAUGGUUCAAAAAUUAGCAACAAUUCAUUCGAAGACGCCGAUAAAAUAUCUCUCAAUAGUCAAACGGCCAAUGAUUCACCACUACACAAUUCCGCCAGCCAAUUGGGACCACGUUCACCCACCAUUGCAAUACCGGCCAGUGUAUUUCGACGAUCAUAUCAACUGAACACAAUCGAUUGUGAUAUCGGGUCCCGAAAAAGUGUCGACUCAUUUGAGAUAUUACAAAAUGCCGCGGAAGAGGAACAAAAACAGAUAAGAGCCAAACUUCGCACCGAACUUGAGGAGGAAAAAAAGACCAAACAACAAAACGAAGGCGGCGAAGCCACAAAAUCCAAAGAACCCAUUGAGGAAGAACUACCCUCCAGUUUCUCCCAAGAAGCCAAUGACUCCCUGCAGGCUUCAGUCAUUUCAAAAAUGUCCGAAGAAAAAUCUUUACAAAAUAAUUGUAUUUCGGAAAUGAGUAGCAUUAGUCUGAUAUGGCUGUCGCAUCGUUUGGGACCAGUUUUAACAUCACGCUACAUUGCGAAAAAUCUGUUAAAAAUGUUAACCCUCUGCUAUGUGGGUCAGGAGAAUCUUCUACCCGAAUCUGGGCGGGGUAAUGAAGAUUUACAAAAUUUAAAUUAUUUUACGGUAUCGGAUGCCCGGGUCGUGGGUGACCGCAGUGCUGUAAGGGUGUUGGAAUGCCUAAUGGCAAUUGCUUCGCUCUACGGGGAACAAGUGAUUCUUAUGCAAUAUUUUCCGCAUAUAAGUGAACUGAUUGCAUUGGGUGUUAAGCGGAUCACGAGUAGUUUAGAGGGUGCAAUUAUUUCCACACUCCAGCUGAUGAAAUAUUUGAUACCAUGCCUAACGGAUGCCACCAUUAUGGAACAUUUGAAGGAUAUCCUCCUGGAUUCGAUUAUCCUUCCCGUAUUACGUUUCCUGGGCUCAGCACAAGUCCUUAUGCCCAGCGGUUACUUGGGUCGCUCCGUCUUAGCUCGCAAAUUCUUAGAUGCUGUUUAUGUACUUAGUGUCCGUCUAGGCUCAGAUAUGACCCGUGAACAUUUAUGUUUUACGGUACUGCGUCCAUUCUUCCUGAUAUUCGACAAGGCUUUUGGGGAGACAAUCAAUUUCGAGAAUAAUGAUAAUCGCACUGCCCAAAUAUCACCACCAAAUCCCGAACGCCAACACGAAGCCAAGCGAGAACUUGAAGAAAUCGGUGAUGUGUUCAGUCCAGCAUUGGCGCAUAGUGCCUAUUUGGCAUUUUUACGUUUUCUCGGAGAGGAUAUCAUGAGAAAGACCUUGUUAAAUUUGGAAUUUGUCCUGACGCUGUGUCAUGAAUUUGAACAACCGGAUUACAAGCCGUUCACUAUGAAUUCUCGAAAAUCAAGUGAUGCUGUUGAUUGCCCUGUGGGAACGGCGACAUUGGAAGCGGGAAGUGCAGCGGGGGAUAGUCAAGCGGCAAAUAGUUUUGGUACGCAAGUGGUGGGUAAUCGCAUUGAGGUUGUGAGUCCCACCACCCAACAGACACCAAAGAUCAUUUCAAAGGAGAAGGUCCAACCAAUCGAUACAAUGGAAGUAUUGGAUAUGGUGGCCUAUAAAUUUGAACAUUUACCCAAUACACGAUAUCUGAAGGGUAAUUGGUUGGCCUAUUGGCGUCAUGAAAUAACACGUUCCGAGAAGGAUACCACUUUGAGUUUGCAGCAGAUUAAAUUGCAAUCGUUUGUCGGGCAUACCAAUUCGGUAAGGGCCAUCUUGGCUUUGGAUAAUGAAAAUAGUUUUAUAUCGGCAUCGAAGGAUAAAACCGUGAAAUUGUGGUCUCUACGCAGUGAGGGUGAUGGCUUCAAAACAAAAUCCUGUCAAUUCACCUAUACCGAUCAUCGCAAGUCCAUACAUUCCUUGGCCUUUUUGGAAUCGUUGCGGUUUGUGGUCUCUUGUGAUUCGGGGGUGCACAUAUGGGAUCCAUUUAUAGGCCGGCCCCUGGGAGUAUUGGAUUCUCCCAAACAUAACCCCAUAACAAUUGUCAAAUGUCUACCCUCCCCCUCGCCAUUGGUUUUGGCCGGCACAGCAGAGGCCUCGGUGAAAAUUAUCGAUGCACGUUGCAUGCAAUAUGUCAAUGAGUGGCGAGUCAGCACAAAUACCCAAAAUAAUGCCACGGUGAGAUGUUUGACAGUUGCUCCGUCGGGUAAUUGGAUGGCUGUCGGAUUAUCCUCGGGUUAUAUUGUUAUGCUGGAUACCCGCACGGGUAUGAUCUUAAAUUCAUGGCGUCGCAUGGAAUGUGAUAUUUUGCAGCUGGCUGCACCCAAUGAUCAACAGCUGAUUAGCUCCGCACUCGAUCAUAGUUUGGCGGUGUGGCAUGCUCAUGAUGGUAAUCUGCACUAUCAGUUGGUACCCCCUGCCGAACCCGCCCAUUUCUUGCAAACCAAUGGUCCCGAGUUGGUAUAUGCCACAACUGGCAAUCGCAUUGGCAUCUAUUCGGAUCUAAGCAGCUCACAUGCCUCACACACCGUGACCAAACUGAGAUCGGAAACAUUUAAAGGUGUUCUAACCUCUUUGGCUGUCUUGCCGUUAAAUCGUGCCUUUUUGGCCGGCAAUGAAAGUGGCAAUAUUUCCCUAUUGUGUUGAAA